CGAAAAGAUGACGCUGUUAAUUCUAUUUGUCAAAGUAUGGAUCACACCUACUCAGCCAGUAGAAUUGCAAAAGAACCUUGCACAUGGUGCGCACUUGAAAUAUCGGUAUCUACUUACAAACUCUGAUUUCUAAAGCUUUUUCUUCAUUUGCUCUCUGUCUCGUCGCUUUGUGGAAAAUCGAGCGAAGCCACAUCAUUCACACAGGAACCCUGCUAUUUGCCUUGGCAAAAUAGUCUCGGUUUUGAAUCUCAGCCUCGACUUGUCGUCGUUGUUGAAAUUUUUCUUUCUCGAAAAUACUUUAAACUUGACACAAGAUAGCGUUUGCUUUACACGACUCCUGCUAAACAGUACUUGAAAAAGCCACUGUUGUGUCUGUUUUUCCACCAUUUCAUUCUAUCAGAACCAGAAUGGGCAACCUGUGUUGUGCUGAGGGCCGCGCGGGCAAGACCAGCGCCCGUGGCAGCGGAUCCGGGUCCAAGAAGUUUGACAUGACGGGCGGGAGCGGGGUCAGUGGCUCCGGGUAUCAAGUGCAAAAAUGUCUGGGUCUGGAAACUUGUAAUGCUAAAAGUGAAUGAUAGAGAUAGACGCACUGCAAUACGCAGCUACGCAUGACAAAUUUUUUGGCCUCCAUGUCUUACGUAUUCCGCAUGGCAAACUGCGUUUUAUUUGCAUGAAAGGUAAUAGGGCCUUUUGGUGCCUAUGCAACACAGAUUCUCGAAUUAUGCCAGACAAUCAUGACAAAGUUGCAUUCUUCCAGACCCAGACAACAUUUUUACAUUUGAUACCGGGACCGGAUUCGCGAUUCCGCCGGAGAUGUAUUCCGCCUCGACCACGGCCUCUUCUACCCCCGCGGGCAAGCGCGCCGAGGGGGAGCAGGCGCAGCGCAAAUCCUCGAAGGGGAAGGGAAAAGUCGGCGGGAAAAUGAAGGGACCGGAAGGGGAAGCGAUGCUGGCGGGACAGGCGUACAACUGGAAAAGUAAGGGCGGAAAGCAGGGGUAUAAGAAAGGGAAGAAGUAA